UUACAGAAGAUGACAAAAAGAAAGAAAGAAAGAAACGCACAAAACAAAACCUCUCUCACGCUCUCUUCGUUUGUCAACUGUAAGAAGGAGAGACGAUUCACAAUACAAGAGAGAGAGAGUAAGAGAAAGGGCUUCUAAAGAAAGAUGGAGAAGUUAGAUGACUAUAGUGCCUCCACGGCGUCGUUUUCACCUAGCUUCAGCACUUACUCCGGCGACAGACUCGCCGAGAUCGCCGCACGAGUUGGCAGCGAAAAUUAUAAAGAGAAAGGAAACGACGAAUUCGAGUUCGCGAUCCUCCAAACGCCUUCUUCUUCUUCUUCCGGCGACGGCGGAUUAGUCUUCCCUGUUUUCGACCAGACUCUCCUCUCCGAACCUGAAGCGGUUGCGACUCCGUUAAAAGAUCUGUUCCUCCGCGAGCGCAACGACCAGCCGCCGCCACCGCAGACGUAUUCAUCGUCUUCAGACGACGAGGAAGACGAUCUAGACACGAUCCCGAGCGAGAUCUACUGUCCAUGGACGCCGGAGAGAUCAGCGGCGGAGAUGUCUCCGAGCGGAGGAUGCAGAAAGAGCAAAUCGACGGGAUCGUCGUCGACGUCGUCGUGGUCGAGGAGACGGUGGAGAAUCAGAGAUCUGCUAAAGAGAAGUCGCAGCGACGGGAAACAGUCACUCAAGUUCCUCGAUUCGAGUCAUUCAACUAACAGCAGAGACGAACCAUCUUCAGCUUCCUCUCCGAAGACGACGGUUAAGAAGAAGGAGAAGGUCUCAGCACAUGAGAAGUUUUACUUGAGGAACAAAGCUAUCAAGGAAGAAGACAAGAAAAGAUCUUAUCUUCCGUACAAGCAAGAUCUUGUCGGACUUUUCUCCAACGUUAGCCGAUUCAGCAAAACUUUUCCUCCUUUCUAAUCUGAUCUGAUCCGAUCCAUUACCAACAAACAAUGUCCUCUCUUCUCUUUGGAUCCAUUCGGUUAAACUUUAGUUUUUUUUGUUUGUUUAUUUACUUUCUAAUAAAGUAUAACAAGUUCGCCUUCGUAUCUAAUAAACUAUAGUAAAAGAUGUAGUAGUAGACUGUUUAAUAAUUAAGUCUUCAGUUAUAUAUUUUCCCCUGCGUUUGUGCAUAGUUGAUCAUGUUCAUACGAUGUUGUAAUUUUUUUAAUAUAAUUUGGGUUCUUGAUUUGCCGUAAA